AUGUCAUUAUCAAGUGGAUCUAAUCUUCGUCUAACAGCAAUGAUUCAAAAGAAGACACCAAGCUCACCAGGUACAGUGCUUACUGUUGCUGGAUUAUUUGUCGUUGGUAUAACACUUGUUCUAAGCGGCAUUAUCGUUUUAUGUCAGCAGUCAGAGCAACCUUUCCGCAUCUGCGGCAGCUUAUUCAUUGGCUUCGGUAUAUCGAUGCUAUUAAUCUGUGCGCUGCUUCAACGUAAGAAUAUCGUCAAAUAUAUUGAGGAUCUCAAUCAAGACUUUUUGCAAUCGUCAGAAGAAAAAGAAAGACAUGAGGAAGUGAUUAUUGAAACAAAUAACGAAGGAUUGGGAAUGCGUGUUGAUGAAAGUUUACACAUCAUUGAGAUAACUAAGCAAGGUCCUUGCGAUGGCAAAUUAUUACCUGGAGAUCAUAUCAUCCAAAUUGGGAAUCGUACAGUUCAAACAGUUGAUGAAGCGAGAGAAGCAAUUGAAGCAGCUGGAGCAACGGUUCGAAUUGUGUUCGAUCGUGGACUGCAAAGUACAGCUCAGGAUAAUAUUCCAGCACAGUACGAAAGUUUAUUUAAACGUCGUGAAGGCUUCACAUAUCAUUACGUUCAAAUUAAUUAUGUAAAAGGGUGUAAAUUUGGCCUUGGCAUUAAGCAUUUUCAAAAUAACGUAAUUGUAUCACGUAUUGAUCCAGGUUCGUUGGCAGCACAAUCACUUCAGGAGAAAGAUCAUAUCAUUGAUAUCAACGGUAUAAAAGUAACCGAUAAAGAAGUUGCAAGAAGUUUGCUUGUUCGAGCUCUUAAGAAAAAGAAUUAUGUUAGCAUGUGCAUUGAACGUCCGGUUUCCGGAAAAGCAACAGAGUGGGCAGACGAUGCCAUCAAUGCAUCUCAAAUGCAACCACCAUCAGUUGCAAUGGCAUCUGAUGUUCGGGAGAUAGCAGCUCGCCAACAGCAAAAAAUGAGGGAAGCGAUGGAAACUAAAAAGCCUGGAAUAAUGAAAAAAAUUAAUAGUAAAGGAGGAGGAUCUGAUGCUGCUAAAAUUGUAAAAAUUGCGCCAGGAGAAAAGCAUGAUGUGAUAAUAGCAAGUGAUAAUGAGGGGAAACAAUUGAGACAUGUGAAGGAAUAA